AUGGAAGUAGACACUUCCGAUCUCGAUGCUCAGAUAGCUGCAUUGCAGAAGCUCAAAGAUGAUAAAGUAGCCAAGGCAGAGGCAUCCCGUCGAUUGAAGGAGAAAGAACAGGCUAAAGUGUUGGUUGGGUCCACACCUACCAAAGCUUCUAUACGAGAUGCAGUAAAGAAUAACUCGACGCCAUUACCUUCUAAACCCUCUCAACCGAAUUUCAAUUUUGAACAAAAACCUAAACCCAAAGCUGCUCCUCAGAUCUUACCCUCCCUACCCAAAGCCGGACCCUCGAGGAUGGGUUCAUCCCUUGCUGCAUUGCGUAAAGGUAUAUCAUCAUCCCCUAGACCUUCGUUUCCAACAGCGACUAGGUCAAAUGGAUUUGAACAGCGUAAAAGCAAUAUCAGACCUUCCUCAUCUACAUCGAUAUCAGCCGGUGUUGUAAAAGGAAAGGGAAAGGCUAAGGAGGAAUCACCAGAAUUGGAGAUUGAGCAUGACGAUAUAGAUGAAGAUGUCAAGCAUAUACGGAGGGACGAAGAUAGUCUGACGUUGAUAGAGAACCUUGCGCUAGGUCCAAAGGAGUUCGGGUUGGAUCCUGAAGGUGAGGAGGAAUGGAGGUUUGUAGAGCCCAAUUCGGGUGUACGAUUAUCUAAACGUGUUCUUUCCCAUUCUCAUCUCCAAGACCAUCUAUCCGGCCGAUACUUCCUUACUCCCUCUCAGAUAUACUCAGUAAUUAGACUAUCGAAAGAUGGAGCGACAUACGAUAUCCCAGUAGAUGGAGAUUGGAUAAUCAUCGCUGUCGUAGCUCAAAGAGGUGAAGUCAAAAUAAGCGGGACGAAAAAUGCUCCGGAUGAUAGUGAUGAAGAUGAAGAAGACAAGGAACAUGAUUCAACUUCUUUAGCUGAAGCACUCAAGAUUGAUAAUUCAGCUGAGAAGCAGGGCGAAAAUUCAAGACAGCAAUAUUGGAAGAAGAAGAAACAGCAAACGGCCAAAGAGAGGAAAAGAGUACCUAGAAAAUAUAUAAAUCUCACUCUAUGUGCUCUACCGCCAAGAGGCACAAAGGGUGAAACUUCCGGUGAUGCGUUAUUACAAUUACUUUUGUUUGAGGCUGAUGCGGUUGUAAGAGAGGAUAAUGACCAAGAUGAAGAGGCAAGAAUCACUUAUAGAGGUGGAUCGGGCGGAGCGUAUGAGAAAUGGUGUAACCUUACGGAAGGCAAUGUCAUUGCGAUUUUGAAUCCUAGAGUAUGGAGAAAUUUGAGGGGCGGUAGCAAUGGUCCUCAUCCACUUGAAUUCCCAUUAGGUCUAAACCCCUCUUCGGCAGACUCGAUCAUCCUGAUCGGUCAAGCGAAAGAUCUAGGCAAAUGUAAUGCUAUGCAGAAGGAUGGAAAUAGGUGUAAAACAUGGGUAGAUCUACGUCAAAACCAAGUCUGUGAAUAUCAUAUACACGCUGCGAUCCAACGUGGUAAAUCCUCACGAGCGGAAUUUACAGCUAGUACAUCGUCAUUUGCCCUCACAUCUCGUCCGGCGGGCACCUCCAACGGUCCUGGAGGUAAGCUGGGAUACGACCCCAAGCGGAAACAAGGUUUAUUACCUGCAGCAGGACGUCAAGCGGCACCUAGAGGAAUCGAGAAUGGCGGUGGGGGAGCUACCUACGUAGUAGGUGGAGGAGUGAUCAAUACUGGAUCAGUAUCCCGUGGGGGUUUAAAGGGAUUCGGAGAAGAGUAUCUGAGUGAGAAGUUGGGUAGUAGAAGUAAAUCUGAAAAGCGGAAGAGACACCUUGAGGAGAAGAUGGCUGAAAAGGCUUUACAGGGUUUAUUAGAUAGAGAAGGAAGAGGUGGAAGUACCGGUGCGAAGUAUUUGGCCGUUCUUGAUAAAGAUAAAGAGAGUAAGAAGAAGAAGCAGAAGAAAGUAGGGAAAGAGGAUAAUGGUGGAGAAGAGAUUGAGCGGAAAAGACCCUUUGGGGCUGAGGCGAUCAAGAAAAUUGGGUUUGAUCCUACUUCUAGAUCUGGAGUAGGUAGAGAUGGUGAGGAUAUUCAGAGAAGGCUUGACGCUAUUGCCGCAUUGAGGGGUGAAGAUCCGGGAUGUAGAUUAGAGAGAAUAUCGAAAAAGCUGGAAGAGGAAAGAAAAGCGAAAAGAUUGAAAGAGGUGAUCAGCGUCGAUCCUGGCCCGAAAGGAAUACAUGGUCAACAUGAAGAAGAAGAUGAAGAAGAAGGGAUGAUCGAUCUGGAUUAG